AUAAAGGAUCUGUUCUUUACAGCUAAAUUGGCUGCACUAGUUCAGAAUUUAUCUUUUUCCUUCCAAUGGAGAGAAAAAGAUAAGCCCUGAACUAGUGCAGCCAGUUCAGCUGUAAAGAACAGACUCAGGAUCUUGUGUUAGAUGUUAGGUUAAUUUAUAUAUUGUAUUGCAAAUGUUAUUUUUUUCUGAAAUUUUUAUUAAAAUGACGUGAAUUUCAAUUAAUUAAAGGACAAGAUAGAAAAAAGUUUGAAUUGUUUUAAUAAAAAAUAUAUAUAUUUACAAAAUAAGAAAAAAUUAAAAGAUUGCUAAUGUUGUACAAGACAAAACAUUGCUUCUUAAAUAAUUCUGCACUUCGCUGGUUAAAGAUUCAAUUAGAAAAUACUUGCCAUAGAAUUAUGUCAACCACAGUGGAUUCUAUAAUUCAACCUGAUAUAAAUACUAUGCAUGGAGAGAAAAGACCUAUGUUAGAUGAUGGCAACGAGAUCGAAGCUAAAAUACAAAAGACAGAAACAGAGACAGUGCAAAGAAUUAAGAGGAAAAAUCAUGCUAUAUUAUUAGGUUAUCUUGGUAAAGAUUAUUAUGGCAUGCAAAGAAAUCCUGGCAUGAAAACUAUUGAAGAAGAUUUGAUUACUGCCUUAUUGAAGGCAGACUUAAUAACUGCAGAACAUUUUGAGAAUAUGCGUUUAAUUAGUUUUCAAAGAGCUGCGCGUACAGACAAAGGAGUAUCAGCAAUUAGGCAAAUUGUUUCACUGAAGCUGCCGGAAAAGCCUGACAAGACAGUAAUAAAUAAAUUUCUACCUGAUGUAAUCAGAGUAUUUGGAAUAAAACGAGUGACAAAAGGUUUCAAUAGUAAAAACCAGUGUGAUGCACGUACCUAUAGAUACAUUAUUCCUACUUUUGCAUUUGCACUGGAGGAUCCAACAUUAUUAAAAGUUGGAGAAGAAGUUAAUGAAGAUGAGAGAAUCAAACAAUUGUCAACUAUUGCUGGGAAGCCAUAUAUUGACUACAGAUUAUCUCCAGAAUCUUUAAAUAGAUUAAACUCAAUUUUGAAACUUAUGGAAGGCACACACAAUUUUCAUAAUUUCACAUCUAAAGUAAAACCAUUAGAUCCACGGGCACAACGUUACAUAAUCAAGUUCCACUGUGUGGAUACAUUUACUUUGAAUGGUAUGGAAUUUGCGAUAUUGGAAAUUAAAGGACAAAGUUUCAUGUUACAUCAAAUUCGAAAAAUGGUCGCAGUGGUGAUCGCGGUUGCGAGAAAUAUUAUAUCUGAAGAAACGAUCAAUGAAGCAUUUAAGACAAUGGAUAAGUUGGAGAUACCAAUUGCACCCGGCUUAGGAUUGUGUCUAUGCCAUGUACAUUAUGAUUGUUAUGGUAAGAGGUAUGGUGCAGAUGGUCUUCAUGAAACAUUAGACUGGAAAGAGUGUGAAGAAGAAGUAGAAAAGUUUCAAAAGGAAUAUAUUUUGAAACAUAUGGUGGAUACCGAGAUUUCAGAACAAACGACAUUAAAAUGGAUAGCAGGUCUUCCCUUCUAUUCAUUUAGUAAUAAAGAAGAUCUUAUUGAAGAUGAUGAAAAACAAGAAGCUAUGGACAAUAAUAUGUAAACAUAAAAUACAUAGCAUUGUUUCUGUAUCAAAUACAUUAAAAUAUUCAAGAAGAAA